AUGCUCUUCUCCAACCGGGUGUCAGAAUCAAGCCAAUUUGGAGUCUAUGGCUUUGGAUUAGCUGUGCGGAUAAUUACAGAGCAGCUGUUUUGUGGCUUUCAUGUGUGUAAUGAAAAGCAGCAGUGUAUUUGUACUAAAUCCUUUAACCUUGUUGAGAUGGUGGUCCACAAGGACUUUUUUUUUUUAACUCGGUGGCCUGUUGCUGCCAGUGAGGUGACAUCACUGGUGAGCUGUUCGGGGAGGGGUGUGGUUGUUGAGGGUAUCGAAGAUGGGGAUUUAGAAGAGGAUCCUGAAUACUGGGUGAAGAUUCAUCACUUAGAAUACACAGAUGGAGGAAUCCUGGAUCCGGAUGAUGUCUUAGCAGAUGUUGUUGAAGACAAAGAUAAGCUGAUUGCUGUGUUUGAUGAACAAGAGCCUCUUCAAAAGAUUGAGAGCCCCAGUGGAAACCCUGUGGAUCUGCAGAGCCCAGAAGCUUUCGAGACAGAAGUGGCUGCCCAACUGGCUGUGUUUAAACCAAUCGGCGGGGAAAUCGUAGUAACUCCUUCUGCUCUGAAGUUAGGCACUCCACUGCUGGUUAGGAGAAGCAGUGACCCAGCACCAGGGCCCCAUGCUGAUGCCCAGCCAAGCGCUGCAAGCCUGAGUGGCCAGAGCUUGAAACCUGUUGUUCUGGAUUCCACCCAGAACGUGGAGAACAGAGAAGUUAUGAGCAACGGCGAACAGACAGGGCUUUUUAUGCUUCACAAAACGAAGGAUGAACUGAGUGAUAUGACAAGAGCCGUGGAGAUUUCUGGGGAAGGAGACCCCCUGGGAAUCCAUGUGGUGCCCUUCUUUUCAUCCCUGAGUGGACGGAUCCUAGGACUCUUCAUUCGAGGCAUCGAAGAAAACAGCAGGUGCAAGCAGGAAGGACUAUUUCAGGAGAAUGAAUGCAUUGUAAAAAUCAACAAUGUGGAACUCCUGGACAAAACGUUUGCUCAGGCCCAAGAUGUCUUCCGUCAAGCAAUGAAAUCUCCCAGUGUGGUCCUCCAUGUGCUUCUGCCUCAAAACCGUGAACAAUAUGAAAAAUCAGUCAUUGGACCACUGAACAUUUUUGGCAGCAAUGACGGGGCUUCAAGAACAAAGGCACCACCUCCUGCCCGUGGGAAACCAGGACUAAAGGCAGUAAAUCUAACAAGAGCGAACAGCCCUGAAGGAGAAGAGUCAGCUUCCCCACAGCAAAGCAAGAGCCCCCGAGUUCCAAGACUAGGAAGAAAACCUUCCUCUCCCUCACUCUCCCCUCUCAUGGGGUUUGGCAGCAAGAAAAAUGCAAAAAAAAUUAAGAUUGACCUAAAGAAAGGCCCUGAAGGACUUGGUUUCACUGUGGUAACUAGAGAUUCUUCUCUACAUGGUCCUGGUCCCAUUUUUGUAAAAAACAUCUUACCAAAGGGAGCAGCAGUAAAGGAUGGCCGCCUACAAUCAGGGGACAGGAUUUUAGAGGUAAAUGGCAGGGAUGUCACAGGAAGAACCCAGGAAGAACUCGUGGCCAUGCUAAGGAGCACCAAGCAGGGAGAGAUGGUAUCACUAGUCAUUGCCCGCCAAGAAGGGAGCUUCCUACCCCGAGAGCUGAAAGGAGAACCUGAUUGUUAUGCACUCUCCCUGGAAUCAAGUGAGCAGCUCACCUUGGAGAUCCCCCUGAAUGAUUCUGGCUCUGCUGGCCUUGGGGUUAGCCUAAAAGGGAAUAAAUCUCGAGAAACUGGGACUGACUUGGGGAUUUUUAUCAAAUCCAUCAUCCAUGGAGGUGCUGCUUUCAAGGAUGGCCGUCUCCGAAUGAAUGACCAACUGAUUGCUGUUAAUGGGGAAACACUUUUGGGAAAGUCCAAUCAUGAAGCAAUGGAAACACUGAGGAGAUCCAUGUCCAUGGAGGGAAACAUCCGGGGCAUGAUCCAGUUGGUGAUUCUAAGGAGAUCAGAGAGACCACUGGAGGAGCUUUCAGAAUGUGGAGCGCUUUCCAGACCAUGCUUUGAGAACUGUCAAGAAGCUCUGAGCACCUCCAGGCAAAAUGAUAGUAGUAUUUUAUAUCCGUUUGGCACCUAUAGUCCACAAGAUAAAAGGAAAGACCUAUUGCUUUCCAGUGAUGGGUGGGCCGAGAAUGAAGUACCACCGUCCCCGCCACCACAUCCUGGUCUAGAAUGGGGCCUUGAAGAUUUCAGUCACAGCUCUGGAGUGGAUUCCACAGGAUAUUUCCCAGAUCAACAUGUCAACUUCAGAAUUGUGACACCAGCCAGGCAGCCUGAAUCGAUUAACCUGAAAGCCUCCAAGAGCAUGGACCUUGUGCCAGAUGAAAGCAAAGUUCAGUCAUUGGCUGAUCGUAGAUCAGAUUCUCCAGGCAAAGAUUUUGGUCCAACUUUGGGUCUGAAAAAGUCUAGUUCCUUGGAGAGCCUACAGACUGCUGUGGCUGAAGUCAGGAAGAAUGAUCUGCCCUUCCACAGGCCCAGACCACACAUGGUGCGAGGCCGGGGCUGCAAUGAGAGCUUCCGAGCAGCCAUUGACAAAUCUUACGACGGGCCAGAAGAGACAGAAGCUGAUGGUAUGUCUGAUAAGAGCUCUCGCUCAGGCCACGCAGCUCUGAAUUGUGAGUCUGCCCCUCAGGGAAACCCCGAGCUAGACGAUGUGGAAAAUAAAGCCAAGAACGUCAAAAAAACAAAAGAGAAGGAGAAGAAAAAAGGAAAGGGCAAGCAGAAAGUCAAGGAAAAGAAGCAGAAGGAGGAACAUGAGGAUGCAGAGAGGAAAAUGAAGAGGAAGGGCUUCGGUGCUAUGCUAAGAUUUGGAAAGAAGAAAGAUGAUAAGGUCGGGAAGGCUGAGCAGAAAGGUAUGCAGAAGUCUGGGCACCCGGGAGAAGAAGAGCUGGAAAGAAUGAAAGAAGAAAAGGAGAGGGUUGGAGCAAAACAUCAGGAGCUAAGGGAAAAGCAGGCAAGAGGCCUUGUUGAUUAUGCCACUGCGGUGACUGGACCAGUGCACGAUAUGGACGAUGAUGAAAUGGACCCCAAUUAUGCCAGAGUGAACCACUUUCGGGAACCAUGCACAUCAGCAAAUGUCUUUAGAUCUCCGUCUCCCCCUCGAGCUGGACCACUUGGUUACCCUCGGGAUGGACGCCCACUGUCUCCAGACCACUUAGAGGGUCUCUAUGCCAAGGUCAACAAGCCAUAUCAUCCACCAGCCCUAGCUGACAGUGGCCGACCCAUGGCUGGAACUACUGACCGCAUCCAGAAGCUUCGGAAGGAGUAUUACCAGGCUCGGAGAGAAGGGUUCCUUUUGUAUGAAGAUGAAGACGGAAGAGCACGACCGUCUGACCAUGACCUUCGCUGGGUGUCUGGAAAGGGUCCAGAUGGGAGCACACACAACCUCCGCUUUGAGGGGAUGGAGCGGCAGUAUGCAUCCUUACCCAGGGGAGGCUCAGCAGAUCCUGUGGACUACCUGACAGCUUCACCCCGAGGGCGCUACAAUGAAAGAGAGCUUCCGUACUACCCAGGGCCUCAUCCUGUACAUCCCCCAAGAGGGAGCUAUCCCAGGCCCCCGGAUCUGAGGGUAACAGAUCUACGAUACCCACAGUACUACCCACCCCCACCAGCCCAUCAGCACAAAGGACCCUUCAGACAAGAUGUUCCUCCUUCACCACCUCAGCACCAGCGAGUACCAGUCUACCAGGAGAUGAGCAGAGCAGGACCCCGAGGGGGCAGCCCUGACCAGUACCCCUAUCGUAACCAGGAUCCCAGGCAGAAGAAUCCCAUGACUGCAGCAGUAUAGCUGAACAUCACAGAGAUCUGCCAAGCAAGGAAGACAUCCAACACCAUCUUUGCCGUUGCUAGAACCUAAGGCCUUCUCCAGGCUAAGGUGUACAGAGUGGCUCUUGCUUCCUGAGGAUGCAUGGUGUAACUGCUAAUCAGAGGAGAAAGUGGGGUAAAGGGGCUUGGGGAUGUGGAUUCAAAAAGGAAGAAGGAUGUGGUCAUAAAAAUAGUACUUUCUGAUACUUGAAAGGCUUGCAGAAUUGAUUGAUUCAGUGAGAAUGACAAUUGAUUACCAAUCAGUGGAGCUGCACUAUAGUAGCCCCUGGCUAGCAAACCAGUGCUACGUACAACCCUACCCCCACCACACACAUAGAAGAAGCAACAGCAUAGAGGUAAAGGUCUCUCUCUGUCAAGCCUAGUCACCCAUUCAGAGACUUAGCCCUGUCCUUGGAGGUAUGAGACCUACCGACUGGCAGAGCAGAGAGGCUGCAAAUACGUAUCUUCAAAAGCACAAUGAUUUCACUGAGAACAAAGCAACUGCAUACAUGACUAGUGACCUCUUGGAAACCUUAGACCCAAAGGAAGACUGUAUUUCCUUAUUUACAGUUGAGCUUGGGUUCCUGGUACUUGUUUGAUAGGAGCCCUUCGCACUUCCUUGCUUUUGAUAUAAAAGACAGUAAUUUGAAUUUGAAUGCAGUAUUAGCAUCUGGGAGGAUGUGAGCUGGUCAGAGCUUCCAGAAGGGAGUUCAUUCCAAGAACCACAGUGAACAGAUGAAGAAGGUUGAUUGUCCCAUGGUCCUUGCUUUCCUCCCUCCCAGUCCCUGGCUUGCUUGCUUGGAGAUAGCUCCUUUCAGAGCCCUCCUCAAAUGCCCAUAGUUAUUUUAGACUUCCACUUAAAGGGCUUGUAACUUGUUCAUGUGAGUAGGGUGGGUAAAGAAAACAGAGUCUGCUGGUCAGGCCACAGAGAAAGCAAUGUCCUAGGGAUGGGAUGGAUGUCAGUUCCAGACAGAGUGCCAAACAGUAUCGAUCUGCCCCUGGGACAGCAAGUAGAUGGAUGUGUGUGUGUGUGUCUGUCUGUCUGUCUCUCUGUGUGUGUGUGUGUGUGUGUGUGUGUGUGUGUGUGUGUGUGUGUGUUCAAACACAUGUGAUUACCAGUAUGGAGAAGAGAAGAGAAAAUUGCCUCCUGGAUGUUUAAUGCGGAAGGAGUCAGGCAGGGGAAGUGAAGGGAGAAGAUGGUAAGAUUAAAUCAGUCCGCAUCUGCUCUAUCUCAUUAACAAAUGUCAGGGCAAAGCUAAGGUCUCCACCUGAUUUAAAAGAAAAAAAUGUAUUCUGGCUUAAGAAGCUGAAAAGCCAUCGUUGCUUCCUUUGAGCUUUCUUAUAUAACACAGCAUCUGAAGCUUCCUGUGUGACCCAAACGGGAACACGUGCACAAGACUGAGAAACAGCAGAAAAAGCCCGGUGUUCUGGAUUUCUCAACAACUGAUAACGUACUUUAAACUUUUCACAUUACUUCUUCACCCAGCCCCUCCAAAAAGUCUUUAGUUCAGUAUAGACAUAUUUUGGCUGAGCGUAGAAUGCCACUGACCAGCCGGUUUUACUGAACUGUAGUGUUCUAGAAUCCAUAGAGUAGCCAUUUGGCCGAUUGUUUUUCUUUUUUUUAAUUUGAAGUAUCUUUGUGACCAGGAAUGAUGCAACUGCUGGUUUUCCACGUAAAUAGCGUCGUUUGCUGGACUUAGCAGAGAUCGUUCUCUAAACCACAAUUACUGUGGCCAUCUGAAUAACAGACUGUCAAGCUGCCUUCUGUCCUCCAGCACCUCUCUUCAGCCAGCAGCCUUAUCCCAUGUAACUUGUUCAUGGAGUAGACGAUCCCAGGCUCUGCUCAACAAGCUCUUGUGGCCACACUGUAGGGCCCGUGGCCACCAUGCUGGAAAUGGUCUUUCUUUUGAGCCAAGGAAUUUUGAAAGAAAAACAUUACAAUGAGGUAAAAUGCAAUUCAGGGUGGAGGGGCAUUAAAUCAACUCUUGAGCCAGGAAUGGUACUGCAUGCCUAGAAUCCCAGUAAUCAGGAAGCCAAGGCAGGAAGGCUUCCAGGUUCAGGCUAGCCUAGACUAUAGGAUAAAUUUAAGAUCCUAUAACAAGAUCUUGUUUUUUUUUUAAAUAUUCUUCAGUGUGUUCUAUAUUUUACUCAAAUUUCUGUAAACCAUUAAUUUUAUCCAAGGUACAAGUUUACCCUUGUGAGGAGGCUGGGCCACUUGCAGACUGGCCAGGGGUAGAUGACAGUGGUGUGCCGAAGAGGGAUUGGCACUUGAGGAUGACUGCUCUGCUCAUGUUUCCAGCACAUUCACCCUGAGCGCACAGCACCCCUACAUGCAAGCUUCCGAAAAGCUUCUCCAGACCUUGGCUUUGUGUUGUACACAGUCAAUGCAAUAGUUGCUAAUCCUAAGAAACCCACAGAGGUCCAAAGGUAUUAUUAAAGAGAACAAAAAAUAGAUGGUAACAGCUUUCAGUUCUUGCUUAAAGUAUAGCACUCACUGCUUCUGAUUCUGCCCUAAAGAACUAACAUUAUAUUUGUGACAGAGGCUGCAUCAAGCCAAGCAGUGGUUAAGACCAGCUGAGGCAGUAAGCUUUAUCAAUGCCUGUGUGACAUCCUUCCAACUGUCUCCCCUCCACUGUUGUAACACCAUUUUCCAGGGUCAGGGAAAGCAUGUAGUUAUCUGGAAGUCCAGGCUAUGAUCAGCAGGUCCCCAGGAGAUGGGAAUAGCAACUAGUAUAUUUACAGCCUUGGGAAAACUCACUGCGGUGUCUCUCUGUAGUUGGGAACUCUAACAGAGAGAAAGGUUUUUGUUUUUAUUUUUUAACAAUAGCUACAAACCUAGGCCAUCCAGCCUCAUGAGCCCUCUCCUCACCACCUUCUCCACCCACUUUUUGUAUGAACAGAAAGAUCUGAGAGAGGAGACCCACUUGAAAACCUUUAGUCCCUAGAGAAUUCAGCCUUCUACAAGAGAGAGAAACAGGCCUCAUUGGUCCAUCACACCCCUCAGCUGAGGCGCCAUCCCUGUUGGCUUAAUACUGUUUCCCCACAGGGCUAAGUCAGUGGGCAAAAAAAGGAACAUUUGCUUCAAUCAUGAUUUUGCAGCAAACAAAGCUUAGAAAAAGAAUUUCCGAAACUCAUUAUUCUUCAACUUUCAGGACAUCUAUGUGGAGCCCACAGGACCACAUGGAGCAAAAGCCUGAUGUAUUCAAUAGCAUCGUAGAAAAGCACCGCCUUGGAGGCUUUAUGGAGCCUUAUUUCUGCUACCGAAAGAAUAAAAUUAAAAUAAGACCCACUGCCUUGAUUUUUUUUAAAGCUAUACCUACCUUAUGAAGGAAAUCCUCCUGCAACUUCAAGAAGAGCAGAGAGCUGUUUUCUCUGUUCCCUGGUCCACAGAGAGACCAAACCUAAAAAGAGUAAUUACUUUCCCCCUCACUGGAAAUCAACUCCACUUGUUUUUGUUUGUUUUCUGUUUAGUGUUUGAGCAAUGUUAUAGAAUUUCAGGCCCGUGAAAGAAAUUGAAAAGUGGUUGAUGGGGGGGGAUGAAAAUUCCCAUCAGCACUGAACACUGAGACCCACCGUGAGCAGCUUUCGAGCUCGCGUUAAGUUGGAUAGAUAUCCACUGCUUCCUGGGUCCAUGUGAACAGAAUGCCCAAGUUUUAUGCAAUUAGGCAGGAGGGUGUUCCAUUCAGAAAAGUCCAUAUAGUAUUUCUCUGCUCUCUCAGUUCAUGCCAACUUUGGGUAGAACAAGGCUACAGUGAGACAGAAAAUCUUCAUAAGAUAUCCCUACAAAGUCACCUUUCCGAUAAAAAGGAUGAAACAUAGUUAGAGAUCUAAAAUAAGCCAGUAAGUACUCUCACAUGCAACUGUGGCUUCCAAGUGCAACUCUCCCUCCUGUCCUUAAAUAGUCAUGCAAUUGCCCACAGCCUGGCUUUUAAAAGUUGGGUUUGGCUACUGAGCUCAGAAUGGGAAGGGAACCAUUCCCAAAGACUCUUUGAACCCAUCUCUUGAUCUGCUCUUCACAAAGUGUUCCGUUCCAUCUGCAAAGCUAUUUACUACUGGAACAUAAAACAAAACCUGUUGUUUAUACCCUUACUUUCUCUAGUCUUUCCUGUUCUUUUAUGAUUAUCAAGUCAUCUGUUCAUACGUUAUAAAGAUAAAUUAUGUGAAAUCAUAGUUUGGCAUAUGAGGAUGGAGAGUGCAUUCUUGACAAACUUUUUAAGAUAAUCCCAUUUAUAUCACUGAAGACAUUUUGGAUGUUAUUGUAUAUGAGUAUAUGAAUUUUUCAUGAUUUAUUUUGCAUUAAAAUAAAGCUUUAUUCAGUCAGUGAGA